GGUCAAACAUGGAUAAACCCUCUUCGAAUGAGUAAUUCAUUCAACCAUGUCGUCACUUCAGCUAAUCCCACCUUCUCUUUCGCUUCCACUCCUUCUAAGCUGUAAACUUCCAAGAGGUAACAGAGCUUCAGAGCCUCAAACACUCGCGCAAAUUUCUAAGCCAAAGCGGAGCGUGGCUCGAGCUUCCAUCAACGGCGACACAAAUGGAGCUGUCGAGCCGCCAAAACCCACUCGCCGAGGCAGGAAAAAGGGAUCCACUUCGUCCUCGCCCACCUCUCCCCCAAAGAAAACAAAGAGUUCUAGAAAAACCCAAGCCGAGAAAGGCACAGUCGAAGCCAACGAACCAGACCCAGAAUUCGGCGACUACGACGACGGAAUCGAUUUCCCGUACGACGACCCACCACUGAUCUGCUGCUUCGGCGCCGCACGGAAAGAGUUUGUGCCCACGGUCCGAGUGUCCGACAACCAAAUGCACCCGGACAUCUACUCGGAGUGGAAGAUGCUCCAGUGGGACCCGCCGGAGUUCGUGAGGGCCCCAGGUGGGCCCCCGUCCAACGUGGCGAUAUCGCACGUGAGGCUGGGCGGGCGAGCCGCGUUCAUGGGCAAGGUUGGGAAGGACAAGCUUGGGGACGAGCUGGUGUUGGCGAUGAACAUGGAGAAGGUGCAGACGAGGGCUGUGAAGUUCGAUGGGAAUGCUAAGACGGCGCGCACGUACGUGAAGCUUAAUUUUGACGAUGAGAGGAUGUGGGCGGAGACGGUGAAAGAGGCCGCUGAGGAUUCGCUUCUUAGCUCUGAGUUGAACCUUGCUGUGCUCAAAGAGGCUAGAAUUUUUCAUUUUAAUUCAGAAGUUCUAACAUCCCCCCCAUUGCAAUCAACCCUUUUUAGAGCGAUUGCAUGGUCUAAAAAGUUUGGAGGUCUUAUAUUUUUCGACUUGAAUUUGCCCUUGCCUCUGUGGAGAUCGCGUGAUGAGACAAGGGAAAUAAUCAAGAAAGCCUGGAAUGAAGCAAACAUCAUUGAGGUUUCAAGGCAAGAGCUUGAGUUUCUUCUAGAUGAAGAUUAUUAUGAGAGGAAAAGGAACUACAGGCCUCAAUACUACGCUGAUAAUUUUGAUCAAACCAAGAGCCGGAGGCGAGAUUAUUACCAUUAUACCCGUGAGGAAAUCUCUCCGUUGUGGCAUGAUGGUCUUAAAUUUUUGUUCGUGACUGAUGGAACUCUUCGAAUUCAUUACUAUGCCCCUUCAUUUGAUGGUGUAGUGAUCGGAACAGAGGAUGUGCUCAUCACCCCAUUUACUUGCGAUAGGACUGGUUCUGGUGAUGCUGUUGUGGCAGGGAUUAUGCGAAAGUUGACCACAAACCCUGAGAUGUUCGAAAAUCAAGAUGUUUUGGAGAGGCAGCUUCGUUUUGCAAUUUCUGCAGGAAUCAUAUCACAGUGGACUAUUGGUGCAGUGAGAGGUUUUCCUACUGAGAGUGCAACACAAAAUUUGAAAGAACAGGUUUAUGUGCCUUCAUUGUGGUAGAGCAGAACAGGUUUCUGUACCUUUAACGUGGCAGAGCAGAUCCUGAAACAUGAUGGUUUCUAUUUUCUGAGAAAUUUAUUGUAUGUUAUCAGGAGCUUUGAGAAACUGUCUGCCAUGAAGGUGAGGGAGAAGUUUUUUAGAAGAUUGCAUGAAUUGUUCUCUGGCAUGGUCAAAUUUAUUGGAUUCCGAAUCAUCUUGAAUCACAGAUUAUAGGUGCACUUGAUGUGCAUUUUUUUGGUGAGAUACAUAUUAUCUCUUCUUACUGGAAUCAGAGUUUUUGUAGUCA